UGGUAUGCUUGCUAUCUAAGCUGUAAUUUUCUCCUAUUCAGCCCGUAUUCAUAUGUUUUUGUGGAAGUUUGUGUCAGCCGACAUUGGACAGGUCCUUGAACAGCAGAAAGGGGCAGAGCAGAACCUGAAAGCAGCCCGUCAGUUUGAGAGAGAGUCUGGGAGACUGUCAGAUGCCACCCGUGAGCUGCACAGAUCCCAGAAGGAACUGAACCGCACGCUAGAGGAGGACCCACUGUCCCCUGACAACCUGGCCAAGGUGCAGAGAGACAGUCAGUUUGUGGGUCACGUGAUUGCUGAUGUGUUGGCAGAGCUGCAAGAGAAAGGGACCUUUCACAGCUUGCUUUUCGCUGUGGAAGAAGAGAAAAGAAGGAAGGCCAACCUCCAGGACAUAAUAAUCAGGGAGGAGGGCAGCCGGCGGAGGACCAAAGCUCUUCAGAGACAGCUGCUUGACAUCCGCAAGGAAAAAACUCUGGAGCUGCAGGUACCAUAACUGAGGAAGACAACGGAGACACAUUCCUUCACGUGCCCGAUAUGAUUUUCAAUCUAGUAAUGGGCAAGAUUAGAAUUAGGCUACACAUUGACUGACUCUUGGUGGUGCUCCAAGUUCCUUGAGGGUGUCAGACGUCG